CCCAGCAGCGUUAGUGUGUUCCGGCGCGAGUUUUCUGAGCGUCGUACAGUGUGCAACCGUGUUUCACGCAGCAACACACACACCAUGUGGCACUCGGGGUGGUCAACAGUGGUACGGGUGUUGCUUGUCCUGGCCUCCGCUACCCGUCAAGUGCAGGGGCAGUGUUCGUUCACGCUCGAUAUGAAGUUUGGCUCGGUGUAUCAGCUUGUCUCGCCCCGGUAUCCUUCCCGGUAUGGGCCGAACCUGCAGUGUACGUACGUCAUACGCGCACCGUUUGGUUACCGCAUCUCGCUGGAGUGUCCCACGUUUCAAAUACCGUCCAGCACGGACUGUCAGCUAGAUUCGUUCCGUGUGUCCCGCACUGGGUCGCUGAGCUUGGCCGAUGCUUACUCCUACUGCGGGGCGGGCCGCUUACAGGAAAAAUCGGACACCAAUCAGAUGACGAUCCGGCUAACGUCGGCACCAACCAGUAUGGGCGGGCUGUUCUCGUGCAAUCUCAGCAUCCCGCAGCAAAGCUGUGAGUGCGGUAAAAAGAAAUUGAACCGUAUCGUGAACGGGGUGGAAACGGCAGUGAACGAGUUCCCUAUGAUGGCGGCAUUGAUAGACGUCAAAACGAAAACUGUCAUUUGCGGGGCCACUAUCGUUACCAACAGUUACGCGCUGACGGCGGCCCACUGUCUGCUGCAGCGCACCGUCAACGAUACGGUGCUGCUGGUGGGUGAUCACAAUAUCAAAACCGGAACCGAUACCUCCUUCUCGCAGGUGUACAUCGUCGCCCAGUUUAUGAGCCAUCCCGGGUUCACGGUCAGGCCGGUGGCGAAUGACAUUGCGCUGGUACGCACCGGGCGACCGAUUCAGUACAAUCCGGGCGUCGGUCCGGCCUGUCUGCCCUGGAGCUACACGACGCAAUCGUUCGAGGGUCGCACGGUGGAAGCGACCGGGUGGGGCGAUCUAGAUUUCGGUGGACCGCGGGCCACCGCCCUGAACAAGGUGCAGCUGGCCGUUAUUGGCAAUCAGGAGUGCUCCCAGCGGCUCAGCGCGAGCGUGCCGUAUCAGCAGCUCUGCACCUACACCGCCAACCGGGACACGUGUCAGGGUGAUUCCGGAGGACCACUGUUUUUCACGAACCUCGCAAACGGGCUGCUAUACGAUGUGGGCAUUGUUAGCUUCGGCAUUGCGUGCGCUACCGCAAAUCCGAGCGUUAAUACGCGAGUGACUGAGUAUCUGGACUGGAUUAUGGUCAACACUCCUGGAUCGUUCUACUGCUAUCAGCCAUAGGGGGUGGGGGGCGUCUUGGAUUGCUUAAUUCUACAACAACAAAAACAACAAUGUUGACUGUGUAUCAUUUAUCAAGGUGCGAUAAAUAAACUGGCAGGGAGUUAUAUAGUUUAUUAGGUGAAA